AUGGAAACUAGACCGUCCAGUUCAAGUUACAAACUCAAGAGCGAUUCAGCCACAGUUAUUGAUUGGAUUCAGCAGGAUGUAGAGGUGGUGGGCGAGCACCAUCUGUUGCUCAGAGAUAUUCAGGCUAUAAUCAGUGGUGGGAUGGCCUUGCAAGAAAAGCACGUGUAUCGUGAAGCCAACGGGGCAACAGAUUGGAUAGCCUCCAUGCCGCCCCGCCGUGCACGUGUGGCACCUCGCCGCCUGAUCGAGACUAUCGGGAGUGAUCCAGCCACUUCUCAUCCGACUGAGAGAGUCCAGGGGGACGAGACUGAUCAGACAGUACUGGAUGGACCAGAUCAUGGCCAGGAGAGCAGGAUGGGGGGAUCGACCCAGGUGAUGGAGCUGAUCAGAGAGGUGGUUGGGUUAGUUCGACAGCAGAGGGGACCACAGCAGCUAUUUCCCUCUGCUAGUUCUUCAGAUCAGGGGAGGAGUAUAGCAGAGUUCAGGAAGUUGGCUCCUCCGGCCUUCAAGGGAACUACCGAUCCCCAAAAGGCCGAAUGUUGGAUAGAUGAGAUGGAGAAGGCCUUCAGGGCCAUGGGUUGUACUGAGGAGGAAAAGAUCAGAUUUGCCACCUAUAAGCUUCAGGACCGGGCUCAUCAUUGGUGGGAGUCUGUGGAGAGGACCAUGAUGCAGGAUGCAGGAUCUGUGACGUGGCCGGAAUUCCGCAUGGCCUUCUACUCCAAGUAUUUCCCUUCCAGUCGUAUCAGGGAGCUGGAGAGGGAGUUUCUGAGCCUCUCUCAGGGGAGUAUGACUGUGGAGGACUAUGAGGCUGAGUUUGAUCGGUUGUCCCGUUUUGCACCAUCUCUUGUCCAAGACCCUAAAUCUAGGAUGAGUAGAUUUGAGGAAGGACUGAGGCCUCGCCUGCGUCAGGGUUUAGCUGCUGUUCACUCGACUGAUUAUGAUGACCUAGUUGACAGAGCUAAAAAUAUGGAGAUCAUCUGGAAGGAGACACAGGAUGCUCAGAAAGGGAAGUCGAAGAGGACCAGGGACUUUGAUUCUGACAGUGAGCGGCAUCUGCGCCGACCUAUGCAGUUCCGUCCAGGAGCAGGGCAGCGAGUUCCAUAUGGGAGGACUGCACUGGAUCGCAGGGGGAUAUCAGGAGUGUGCUUCAGGUGUGGCCAGACUGGACAUAGAGCUGUUGAGUGUCGUCAGACACGGCCUGGUAUUGGAGCAUGUUUCAGGUGUGGUCAGCAGGGCCACCGGAUAGCUGAGUGCCCUCAGACUCAGACUGUUUCUGGAGUUUGUUUCGGGUGUGGUCAGCCGGGUCACAGGAUUUCUAGUUGUCCUCGUACUAGAUCUGCGCAGAGGCCACCGAGUUCUGUAGCUCCUCAACGACAGACUUCCUUCACUCCAGUACAGGCUACCCAGUCAGCUGUCCCCAGGCAGCAAAGGGAAGGAGGAUCUCGUACCCAGGGACGAGUGUAUGCGUUGACUCAGCAGGAUGCUCAGGCAUCCAACACUGUAGUGACAUGUACACUGUUGGUAUCUUCCACUUAUGCUUAUGUGUUAUUUGAUUCUGGUGCUACGCAUUCUUUUAUCUCAUCUUCAUAUGUGCAUAAGUGCGAUUUACACUACUCUUCCUUAGAGUGGGAAUUAUGCAUUAGUACUCCAGCUGGGGGUACGAUGACAGUUAGUCAGAUCUGCAUUUCCUGUCCAGUACUAGUUGAGGUAGAGAUUUGA